AUGACGACUGGAGUGCUGCCGGAGGCCUAUGCGCUGCUCGAAGCACACUUCACCGCUCCUCCCACGCUCCGCCACAGCGAUAAACUCUCUCGACGCAGCGACGAGCACCGCAGCUACUCGUCCACAGCGGCGCCGCUGCUUGUCCACGACACCCUACGAGCCGAUGACGAGACCGAGUCGGUCUUCAGUAGCCGGCAGCCCACACCGCUGGAACCCCCAGCCGCCGUGAAUGGUGCAGAAUCUGGCCUGCCGCCCACGCCGCCGACCAUGUCGCAGGACGGACAGUCCACGCACGACCCGGAGCCCAUGCCGCAUGCCGACAGCGUAGUGAGCUCGCUGAUGUCGAAGAAGUCGUCGCUCAGCACGCCCGUCAAUGCGCGCAGCCCCCCCACGCCCGACCCCAGCCCACCACGAACUGCGAGCACGAAUCCCGCACCCGAACGCCCCCACCUGUUCACCUACCCGUCAUCGAGAGCCGAAUCAUUCACAACAGCACGCGAAGAGGUGUCGUCUGAGCCGAGUCGCAGCAGAUCCACCACACCCGCCGACCACGGACUGAGCACCGCACCCGCCGACUUCAGACUGAGCACCGUAGAGGAAGACCGAGGACUGGGGCUGGCCUUUGAGCUCGACGAGAACGACGUUACACCAACAGACACAGUGCAGCCCACGUAUCCGUACCCAGAUGAGGCGGACACAACGGUCGGUGCUGAGGAGGACAAGGGAACCCCGGCAGAGGAGAAGGUGCCAGAUCGGGAAUGGAACACAGACCUGAUGCGAAAUGUCACGAUCCGCAGGAAACGAACACCGAAAUCCUCGCCCGACAAGCAUCGCGAUCCUCCCGUUGAGAUUGUCGAGACGGCAUCGCCUUCUCCAUCGCCUUCACCUUCACCCAGCCCCAGACCCCGACGCACCUCUGGCUUGCGCGAACGCGUCCGCGAGAGCACGAACGGCCCUGUGACGCCGUCCAUCGAGAACUUUGCGCAGUCGAUCGGUUGGCCAAGUGACGACACGGUCGCGCCAGAAGUGAGGGAAAGCGAGGAGAGCAACAAGCGCAACUCGACUUCGUCGAUGGCUUCCACGAGAGUCGAAGCCAGCAUCAUCGUCACGCCACCGCGACGGAAGCAGACGCUGCGACACUCGGGGAGGAACAUGGCACUCAGAGAUGGCUCGCCGACGCCGGAGCGCGGCACUCGACGGCGCUCGAACCGCGACUCGUCGCAAAACGACGAUGUGCCUCUCCAUCGCCUGGUCCAUAAGAAGUUCAACCUCGCCGACCGCUCGAACCGUUUCAGCACCGAUUCUACUACCUUGGGCACCGAGCGUUGCACCUCGUCCCCGCUGUCGUUUCGCUCGCGCAUUAUCGACAGCUCUGCUUCUACGCUCGCCCACCAAGAGUCUUUGCGCAAUGUGCUGCAGCCCGCCGCCGAUAUACUGAGCCGUGCAAGCUCUGUUCGAUAUCACAAUUCCGAGCAGACCUACCACAGCUCUACUUACAACAGGCGCAUUGGAUCUGCGCCAGAAACUACUCGCAAGUCCGCGCUGUCUUCUGCGCCCCGAAACUAUGCGCGCCAAGCACCAGUUACGAGCAGCCCUCGUCGUGACCCCAUCGUUACCUUCCAGACACCACCUGUCGAGCAGUCCCCAACACAGUCAUCAGCCCCGUCUAUGUCGUCACCAAGGUCCCUGAAGAGGCGGCAACGCUCGAAUGUAGCUGGCGCAAGAAACAAUGUUGAUCUGGACAGAGCGACAUCUGCUUUCCCUCGCGAUGAGGUGGGUGAGUCAGCUGAGCAGGAUGUAUUUCUGGGUGCUAGUGCACCUGUAGAGGAGAGACUGCUCGCUGAGCGUGAUGUGCCGGAGAACGAAGCUGUCUCAGAUGUGAAAGAGCCCCCGAUGUCGCCAGAGCGGCCGGCCUCGCCAUCACAGGAGUACGAAUUCUCGCCACCAGUCAAAAGGGGCCCGCGGUCAUUACGCCGACCAUCUGGCGAGCACAGACGCAGCUCACUGAGCGAAGACCAGGCUUCCAUAUCUCCAGAGGUCAUGAUCCGGCCCAGUCUGGAUCGUCGUUCAACGGAGGACAUGGUCCGGCCCAGUCUGGAUUGGCGAAGGCCAUCUGAAGACCAUGGUAGAGUUAGCUUUGAUCGUUCGACUGCUCGCACCGAGGAGCAUGGCAGUGCGCGCCACUUGUUCGCCUCUACCACGCCAUUCUCGCAGAUAUCUGACACCCCGUACGAAGUCAGCGAGGCAACCGCUGUCAGCAUAUUUCCUCACAACAAUCACUCCUUGCUGGUUGUGCAACAGGGAUCACGUGUUGGUUCAAUGACCCCAGAGCCCCGCCAGUUGAUUGAUGGUGGCCAUCUGUCGCCUGAGGAUUAUUAUGAUGUUCGAUCCUCGCCAACGCCGCCAUUCGUGGACGCAAGCGAAGAACACAUUGACGACACCGGACACCAGAGUCAGCCCACGUUGACAUUCGAGCCGUCGACUCCGCCGAUGCAGAUAGAUUUGCCUCAACCAGGUGGCGUUGACUCGCCUCUGAAGAAUCCACGGCCGCCGCCAGAGCCUCCGCAGAUCAUGUUCAUUCCGCCAACACCUGCGGAAGAGCUCGAGAAGGAGCUCGUGCCUGGUCCUCCGAAGCGUUCCGAUUCGCAUCCUCAACGACGUCUUUCCUUAGUUCAACGAGCGCGGCGUUACUCGGAUAAUCUUCUACCAACUUUGUUGUCUCGCGCGACGAACAAUCGAAGUCGAUAUGCUAGCGACUCGCACGGAACUCACCGUAACCCAGAGGUGCCGUCCGUGAAUGAUGAGGAAAAUGGCGCUCUUCACCCCUUCUGGAGACCAAGAGGGUUCUGGGAUGGUUUCGAGGAUGACAGUGAAUCUGAGAGUGAAGACGAACUUCACCCAGGUGGGGAUACGAGCGAUGUCGAGACACUGCCUGAUCCACCUAGACGAGCAAACACUCUCAGCAAACGUCUGACAAGCGGCUUCCGUGGUUCAGGGGGGUUCCUCAUUGGAAAUACGCUCGGUAUCGAGCGCCGCGGCACUAACAAACGACGCCAUCACAUCACCUUACCUCCAAACUUUUCUCGUACACCACGAACACCAACGCCUCCUAAAGUCCUUCAGCGACCGACCAUGCCUUUGGGCGCGCACGGGGGCGGCGGCAUUAUCAAGCGCGAAUCAGUGGAUAGGAGAAGAUCCUCGCCCAGCCUGCGCUCUGACUCUGAAUCACCACAACGAAGAGCAUCGUGGCGACAAGGAAAAAGUCUUCCGGGGCUUAAAAAAUAUCAAGUCCAGUACAUCGGCUUGUCCGGGGUAAAAGACAAAAUUAAAGACCGCAGGCAGGAGAAGCGGAGAGAAAAGAUCAGGCAGAGUAUUGGGACGAGAUACUACGUUCCCAAUGCCUCUGGUACCACAUAA